GUCCGAUUUUCAAGCUGCUGAGCGAUUGGCUAAGCUGCCUGUCGCUCAGGGCGCCAACAAUGGACUAACGUGCAGGAUUUCAAACCAAACCCGGAGAGGAACGUCUAGCGCACCUGGUGCUGUUGUUUGACACGACCAGGAGGGAACCUAGGUAGGGAGAGAGCGUUGAUUAGGGACACGGAGGCAGCAAUUCACCAACUCGGCGUCUCUAAGGAGGGCAUUGCGAUGAGUGGUGCUCUGUGUUCUCGGCACGAGUUUGAUUUGAAUGAUCAUGGCGUGACUGAAUAUAUAUGUAUGUAUUUAUGUAGAUGUUUUAGUCUUUAUUUAGAUGAGUUAUGUUCGGCAGGACGCGUUUAAAAGUGUGUUUUUGGAGAGAUUGAGGCGACCAGGGUUUGGAUUCAGUGCUGAUUUGCAUGAACAGUUAGAUCUUCUUUUUUCCUUCCUUACUGUGAAUUGUGCCGAGUUUCCGGUUUGAACAUCAGUCACACCAUGAAGAGAGUGAACAGCUUCCAGAGAUUCAUGAACAGCAGAGCUGCUGCUAACUGCCGAUACCAACCCACAAGCUAUGAGCAUGCAGCAAACUGCUACACACAUGCGCUGGUGAUUGUGCCUGCAUUUGUGGGCAUGACUCUGCUACACCGUCUCUCAGAUGAUCGGUGGGAGAGGAUCACGGCGUGGGUGUACGGCUUUGGCCUGUGUGGUCUCUUCCUCAUCUCCACCAUCUUCCACAUUAUCACCUGGAAGAAGAGCCACAUGAGGACAGUGGAGCACUGCUUUCACAUGUGUGACCGAGUUGUCAUCUAUUUCUUCAUUGCUGCCUCAUACACACCAUGGUUAAACCUGAGGGAGCUGGGUCCUCUGGCAUGUCAUAUGCGCUGGUUUGUUUGGCUAAUGGCGGCUGCAGGAACUAUCUACGUCUUCAACUACCAUGAGAGGUAUAAACUGGUGGAGCUGGCCUUCUAUUUGACGAUGGGGUUCUCCCCUGCGCUGGUGGUGACCUCAAUGACGAACACAGACGGUGUGUACGAGCUGGCGUUCGGCGGUGUGAUCUACUGCCUCGGCGUGGUCUUCUUCAAAUCGGACGGAGUCAUCCCGUUUGCUCAUGCCAUCUGGCACGUGUUCGUGACCCUCGCUGCCGCCGUACACUACUACGCCAUCUAUAAAUACCUCUACCGAACCUCACCUGGUGACGAGGUCAGGCUUGUGGCUGACCUAUGACCUGUCUCGUGUAAACAACACGCACACAUUCACGCACUCGCAGAGGGUCAUCUCGCUUGACAUCUACAACAUUUUCCACCACAAGGUGCUCAUCAGCUACUCGAGUUUACCAACACGACCUCCGAUUGUUUACUAGCCGCCAGGAGAACAGUGUGUGUGUGUGUGUGUGUGUGUGUGUGUGUGUGUGUGUGUGUGUGUGUGUGUGUGUGUGUGUGUGUGUGAGAGCGAAAAUGAACAGAAAUCCAUUUUCUCCGGUAUUUUUGCACAGAUUGCACGAUUGUUUCAGCCAGGGAGAGAAAAACGUGCACAUUUUUCCUCAGAUGUAGUCGAUCAUAAGACACACAUUUGGUGUCUACAGUUUUGUACCAUUUCGUGACCGUGCCAUUACAUCUACAGAGUAAAGGAAGCGUACAGAUGCUAGUUUGGCAUGUCCCAAGCGAGUGUGCGCGAGUGUCAGGGGAUUAGCCACGCUGUUUAAACGAUAUUUAACGUUCGACUGCAUUUGCGCGUUGUGUACAUUUCAGACGAUUUUGGUUGAUCCGGUCUUUCCAAUGCCAGUUGAUUCAGGUAUUGCGUGUCAGGUGAAUGGUUUCGUUUAAAAACGGAUCUUUCGGACCAAUUUUGCACACGCUCAUUCCACAAAGAAAAACCAUCAUGACGUUACUUUCUGAACCGAGACUGAGAUCGGAAUCCACCGAAGCCUUGCGUUAUUGUUCGAAAUACACUGUAUGGAUAAAAGUAUUUGGACACCUGACUUUCCCAGCUGUAUGUAAAAUAAAAAAAAAAAACACCCAAACUGUCCAAAAAAGUUGUAGGAACACUAUUGUAUAGGAUGCAGUCAUGAGAAAUUUUCCCUGAACGAGAUGUUCAGAGUGAAAGAUCUUGAAUGUCCUGCUAUAGAGCUCUAGCCCUGUGGAACACCUUUGGGAUGAAUGUGAACGCUGGAUGCACUUCAGGCCUCUUCACCCACCAUCAGUACCUGCCUUUACUAACACCCUUCUGGCUGAAUAAGCACAAAUCUCCAUAAGCACACUCCAAAAUCUAGUGGAACAUCUUCCCAGAUGAGUGGAGGUUUAUUAUACCAGCAAAUGGGGACUUAAUGUUGAAUGUGGGGUUUAUUAGGCAAAUUUUUAUAAUUUAUAAGGCUGGUACUCAGGUGUCUACAAAUUUUUGUCCAAAUAGUGGACUGAGAUGAUCGUCAUGUUGAUAAGGAACGUCAGCUAAUUUGGAAAGUCAAUACAGUAAAGCAUACUUUCCUGGCGAACCAACGGGCAUCUUACCAGCACCAAAUCGAAACCAUAAGUUUUUUUUUUUAAUCGAGCACUGUGCGUGAUGGCUUCAUGGAGGUUACUGACUGCUAACGACCAAACUGUUCAUCAGGCAGCUUUUUUUUUUUCGUUUUUUUUUUUUUCUUGGAUUAACAGUUAUUUACAGGUAGCAAAAGUGACCUCAAUCAUGAAUGUAACUUUUAACAUGAUUAAUCGCUUGUGGUUUAGCUAGCUAGCUUCAGCGAUGUGUGUGUUUUUGUUUUUUCCCAAAAAACUUACACACCAGUUCCUUCUAGCCAGUUCAUGAAAGUAACGUGCUAAUUCUUCUGGUGAGCUUCGCAAUGCGUUUAAAGCGGAUAGCACUCAAAACUUUUAAAAACCUUACAUUUGUUUGGACGUAUAUGGGCAAUGCAUGGUCUCUCCAGACUCCUGUACACACCUUUUCCCUAUUUUCCCGUGAUGGACCCAUGUUUUUUAUUAUUAAUAUUCUUAUUUCUGAUAGAGUAUGUGAAAUAUUUUAAGGCGUAUGUGCAGUAUUAAAAGGGAAGCAUACUUUUUUUCUUUUUUCUUUUUUAAAACAGUCAAAAGCGUGGAAGCGUUUCUUUUUGUGAACUAUGAAAGACCACUUUGUCAUUUUCUUUUUGUAUCUCUUUUUAUUCUCUACUCCAUUUCCCACCUCAAUGUGCAGUUCCUUAAUAACCUCAGGUUGAUGAUAACGAGCUGCUGGAUAUUACUCAAGAACGCAGAUUCACAAUCGUGAGCCAGCGAGAGUGAUGGAACCUGUCACUUGAGCACUGUGUGGGCCUUUUGUUGGUGACCAUAUUUGGCGUAAAGCUGCUAAACCAAAAGAAAACUCGCGACUACUGAGAAAUGGAGGCCUAAAUCUUAUUAGGGAUCUUAUUUUAUAUACUGUAUAACAUCUCCGAGAUAAAACCAUCCCUUCUGAGUGAGACAGGCAACAAAAUAGGUCAUGAAACGAUAUUUACUUUGACCAAACAAAUCUAUCAAUGUCCAAAUGCUUUACUUUAUUUUUCAAUUGAAAAAAACCCUCCUUAGCAUUAGGAACAGCUUUACACACUCUCUGCAUCCCAUUGUACAAAUACUUUGCUCUGCCUCUUGAACCAAAAGUGUUCUUCACUAGUUGGAGAUUUCUUUCUGGCCUCGUGAUCCAGUUCAUCCCAGAGUAGUUUAGUAGGAUUUAGUAGGACUGGGCAGGUCAUUCGACGAUAGAUAACAAUCCAGACAACAGGUUUGUUCUCUAAGUAAUGCUAUGUAAGAAUCAUUAUCCAAGUAUGGAAUGGUUGCCAUGUUGGAUGCUUUCACCCAGAAUGUCUCCAACCUUCCCUGAUCCAAAAUGAACCCCAAACCAUGCAUCUCAAUGUUUGACUGUAGUGGUGAGGCAGUGCUCUAGCAUCAUCUCUCCUGUUCUCCGUCUUACAAAAGUUCCUCUGUUAGAGCCAAAAAUGUAAUCUGUCCACAGAACUUUCUUGUCCUUCACUGUCCAUUCUUGUGCGUAUUUGCUUUGUACCUGGUUUGUUGCAUAGAAACAACGUGUCUCAGAAACCAAGACUUUUGACAGUCACCGUAGCAGAAAUUGUUGUGCAUCGAAUGCAGAUCUUUUACCUGGCUAACGAAAUAUCAUGUCAAACAAACAACUUGACUUUCACCCCAUAAGGUGCAUCAUUAAUUUACUCGUUAGAUUUAUACCGAUUACUGUUUCUAAUAAAAAAAAGCCACGCCCACAAACAUCAGUAAAUAUCACUAUGAAGCCUACAUGAGAUUCAUUUCCAUGUCAGUCGCUUCUUAAUUUCUUGCAUACGCUGUACCAUUCGGAGUUAAAAUCAAUGAUGGGGGAAAUGGAGUACUUUUGAGAUGAGCUGCUUUUUUUUUUUUUUUUUUUUUGGUCAGUAUUUUCAUUCCAAAGAUUUUCUGUGUACAUAUUUUUCUUUCUCUGUGCCACUGUGCUUAAUGAACAUGAGCUGAAUGUUGUGCUUUUUGAUAAAAGAAAAAAAAAAUGACUUCAUCCUCUUUUCGUAAUAUUUCUACUGUCUUUUUUCAUCCUGGCACAUAUUUAUACAUUUGCCGGCUUUUUCAAUACGAGGAGAAAAAAAUAAAUAAAGGAAUUAAAAGUAGGAGCGACUCUCCUGUACAGCUGGCUAGUUCUACUUCUGGUCCAUUCAAAGUUUGGUGCUGCACAUGAUAACUUUGUGUCCAAUUCUUUCUAAAGUGUUCAAAUAAAACAACUGCUUUAUCUUCCUG